AUGGCAAAUAAAGCUGAAAAUAAAAAAGGAAGAAAAUUAGUGAUUGGAUACCUUUUUCUGUUAACAUUAUCAGGACCUGUCAAGAAUCUCAUGAGAAAUGUAAAAGUUCUCGGUCAUGCCGUCGUUUGCGGACAAGAUCAAGUAAAACUUGCUUUACAUGACUUGAUUCACAGUUUCAAAGAACCGCUUCAUGUAAUAAAAGACGCGAUUAAUAAAAUGCUUCCGUUAAUUGAAAAUGUUAUGGAAAAUGUUAAAGAAAAAGUUGUCAACAUCAAAGAUCAUGUCAUUGAGAUUGUUGAUAAUAUCCAAACAUCAUUUAUUUGGUUGGAAAAUGUUUUCAAUUUCUGCAAUGAAAAGUUGGGAACUCCUUUUGAAAAAUGCUUAAAAUUAGUUGAAACUUCGGAGAUCAGAUGUCGUAAAUCUCUCACUACUCCGAGUACAUUUUGUGAUUCAACGGUGCUUGCAAAAAUGUUUUGUUAUAGUUUCAAGACGUUUGAUGGGUUUUGUAAAGCUUUCACACUCAGUGAUGAUUCCCUAAAGUUGAUACUGAAAAAUGUUGAAGUUUUUUUUGCAAAUAUUGAGGAAAUGUUUUAUGUUUCUGUUCAAGUUCAUCAUCAAUUUGAUUUCAACACCAACAGCUCAAAAGCAACUCAUGUCAUUGUUUCAGAAAUUUUCGAAGACCUCCACGAACGAACUGAAAUUGUGUUCAAUGUCUUUGGAUGCAUUGAAGCUUUUAUGAGCUUUUUCUUUCUUUGGAUAUUAAUAAAGCUGAUUAGUCACGAGUAUCGUAAAAUUUUUGAAAAAAGCAUUUUUCUCUUCGCAACAUCAAUUCACGUGUGCGGAAUUUUAUUUGCUGAUUAUUCGUUAUUUUGGCUUUUAUCUGUCAUUCAAUAUUAUGGAAAUCAAUCGAAAGAUUUUGAAACAGAAGAUGAUCUUUUCUGGAUUAGCGUCAUUGGUGAUGGUGUUAUCGCUGAAAUGUGUCAAGAUCUCGUAAUGAUAUUCAAACCUCUCAUGAAGUCUUUCGAUCUUCAACUUAAAGUUUGUCUUCCGAUUCCUUAUCGACCAAACUUCUCAGAAUAUGCAAAAAUUGGCCUUCUUGUGAUUUCAAGUUGGAUUUUCUUGAUUGUUGAACCAUAUGCGAUGAGAUUAAAAUGUGUCAUCAUGUCUGAUCAAUAUCCAGAGAAAACUGCUGAAAGAACAGUCUGGCUCUAUUACCACAUAUUGAGAAAACGAACUACUUUCUUUGGAUUCAUAAAGAAACAAAUGAAACAAGAUAGAAACUCACAUGCAAAAUAUCGAAAGGAGACAUGCUUCGAGAUAUUCAAAGCCAAGUUCGAUCAGUAUGUUGACAAUUAA